AUGGACAAAAGAUCAAUAAGUUCUUCUAAAAAUUUAGAAAAAGCUAGAGCUGCAAAAGCUCAAAAAAAAGAUACAAUAAUGUAUUUGGAUGACGAUUUACCAGUUGAUGAGAAAAAUAUUGAGAAACCUAUUCCCGAUAAAGUAGUUGUGAAUACCAACAUCCCAGAUAUGCUUGUUUUAGAAAAAAAACAAAAAAAAAUAGAAAAGUAUAAAGAAAAGAAUAACCAUAUUUUAGAAAAAUUAGAUGAAAUAUCAAAUUUUAUUUUCUCAAAUAAAAAAACCCAAAAUGAAUCAGCUCCAAAAAGAAGAUUUAUUAAAACCGAUAAUAAUUGUGAAGACUUUAUAAAACCAUUAAAUAGUGGUUCUAAAAAUAAAUUACCAGUUUUAGGAGAUGAUCUUUUUUCUUUAAAUUCUGCAAAUAUCUUUAUUUGUGCUCCAAAGAAAUCUGGAAAAACAAGUGUUAUAAAUAAAAUAUUGGAAGAAUGUGCUGAUAUUGAUACCAAAGUAUUUAUAUUUUGUGCUACCGCUUAUAAAGAUGAUAAUUGGAUUACAAUAAUUGAAAGAUUAAAUAAAAAAAACAUUUCAAAUAUAGUUUUUACUUCAAUUUUUGAUGAUGAGAAUAAAAACAGAUUAAAAACUUUAAUCAAUAGAUUAAAAGAUGAAGAUGAAGAAGAUGAAGAUAUAAAAAAGAAAUAUGAAUAUCCGGAAUAUAUCAUAAUAUUUGAUGAUUUAUCAAAUGAAUUAAAAAAUAAAAUGAUCCCACAAUUAAUGAAAAUCCAUAGACAUUUUAGGAUGAAAGUAAUAAUUAGUUCUCAAAAUUGGAAAGAUACUCAUUCAGAUAUUCGAAAAGGAAAUUUAGAUUAUAUUUUAUUAUUUAGAAAUAUACCUGAAGAUGUUCUUGAAACUAUAUAUGAUGAAAACCCUUCAUAUAUUGGAUAUAAAAAAUGGAUAACUGCUUAUAAAUAUUCAACCAAAGAACCAUUUAAUUUCUUUUUCUAUGAUAGAAAUGAUAUUAAAUUGGAUAUACACAUUCUAAAAAUGCCACCAAAAAGAACUAGACGAACACAACAAGGAGAUGGUUUCCUUGAUUGGAUUAAAAAAGGAAAUCAAUGGUUAAAAGAUAAAAAAUUCAUUGACUGUUUAUACCAUUAUAAAAGGAUCAAGAUAUUAAAUGAAUGUUUAGGAGUUGAAUUGAUUCGUGUAUUACUGAUAUUAUUUGAUUUAUUAUUUAACUCUUGUAACUAUUUGAAUAAUAUGUUUUCAAACACUAACUUUGAUCAUAAAUUUGGUAUAUGUGCGAUGGGGAGUUAUAAAAUGAGUGAAAAAUAUCACCCUUAUAGUUCAUCUGAUAAAGAAAUAAAAAAAAGAUCCAAUAAAUAUAAUAGUUCUAUUUAUGAACACUUUUUUAAAUUUAUAGAUUCGAAUGAUAAGAAUUUAAUUAAAAUGAAGUGUAAAUACUGUCAAGUAUUUACUUUUAAAUACGAUAAGGUAGACAAAAAAUCAGUGUCUAGUGGUUUAGGAUGGGCACAUCUUGAGAAUGUGAGAUUAUCUUGCCACAAAGAAAGUGAAAUAGAUUGGUCGUAUGUCGCAGAACAAAAAAGGAAAAAAGCAGAAACACUUGCACUUGCUAUAUCAAAACCUUUUAGUCAAGGUGUAUCAGAGGAAUUAUUAAUAGAUUUAGUAAUCAAAAAAAAUCUUCCCUUCAACUUAACAGAGGAUGAGAGAUUUAAAAAUUUUAUUUCAUCGUUAAGACCAGAGUUCAAUUUAGUUGGUGGAGAUACUAUUAAAAAUAGAAUAAUAAAAAGAUAUGAUGAUCAAGUUGUACAACUCAGAGAGUAUUUCAAGACUAUGGAUUCCAAAAUCAGUUUCUGUUUCGAUAUCUGGAGUGUCAAGGAUAUCUCUUUUUUGGGUGUAACUGGUCAUUGGAUCGAUAGUCAAUUUAAAGCUAGAAAGUGUUUGUUAGGAAUGGAGAGCCUAAAAAGCGAUAAAACAGAAAAGUUUGAUAUCUCCAAAAAGAUAAUGUGCACCACUUCUGACAACUGCUCGAACAACCACACUACAGUGGAGAACAUUGUCAAAAACCAAGAUCCUUCCAAUGAUUACAAAGGAUUCCAGGGUGGACAUAUUUUAUGUUUAAACCAUGUGAUUAAUUUAGGAGAUAAAUCAACGAAAUAUCUUUUCGAUAAAAUUCACUCCUAUGGUUCAAAUUUAAGAAACUCCAGUAACCAAACAGAUGCUUUUUUUGGAAUUUUCGAAAUUCUAAAAACUGAAAAGAAGGACAGGUUAAAGCCAAAAGUAUUGAACCCAAUCCGUUGGUCAUCUGCUUUUCAGAUGACUAGUAGAUUCAUCAGGAUCAAAGAUGCAGUUGAUUACGACAUUAAAUAUAAGAUUACGAAACAUGAUAUCCAUCUCACUACCGAUGAAUGGGAUAUCAUCAAACAAAUCAAUAAAUUCUUGGAUGGUGUGGAUUUUAUUACUUUGGCAUUACAAGGAGCUGAUGUUAAUCUGUCUUGCAGUUUACCUGUGUAUGGUCGGCUCUUGGACAUUGGAGAGGAAUGGAAAACCAAUAAGAUUCUCAAGACUGCUGCUGAAGCCUUUUGGAAAGAAAUAGAU